GGGGGGAAAAUUGACCAAAUUGAAGAUCAACAGUUUUACACUUUUAACAAUUGUCUGCUGAAGCAUUUUUAUGAAAAAAAGCUUUCUACUACUGAGGACACCAUCAUCAAAAUUGUUGACAAACAGGAAACUGUCAAACAGUCACUUGAAAAAGAAACAAAACAUCAUAGAUAGAAAACUUUAUUAAUGUAUCGAAGCCAUAAUUAGCGAGGGAAAACCCCCAUACUAAUUUAGGGACACAGUUUAUAAUUGGAAUUAUGUAUACAAUAUAUAGGUAAAAAUAUUAAAACUACGCAUAAUGUAAUAUAACCUAACGAAAAUCUAAGAUGAGUGAUAUUCACUGUAAGACUGAGGAGAAUUGUAAAAUUAAAUGAGCAGAGAGAACAGCCCUUGCAUCCAUCAUCUAUCAUUGAGCUUAAAUCAUUUUUACAAAUUUUGCUUUCAAAAAUAUUAAAAGGUUUCGCUGAUGUAUAAUCAGGAGGUAAUUUUCCCGAUAACCUAGGCCCAACAUUAUCUGUUGCCCUGAUAAUUUAAACGUUGUUGUAAACAUAUAUCCAACUUACAACAACAAGUUUUCGCUGAUGUAUAAUCAGGAGGUAAUUUUCCCCAUAACCUAGGCCUAACAUUAUUUGUUGCCCUGAUAAUUUAAACAUUCUUGUAAACAUAUAUCCAAUUUACAACAACAAAGAUUGCAAGAAAUCCAGGGUCCCAAAUACUACAGUGCCAUGGUUGGAACAGGUCCAUGCCUUUGAAAAACUGUUAUCUUGAAGUAAAAGCACAAUUUUUGCUAGAGAAGGACAACGCACAGAGACGUGUGACAGCAUUUGCUAAAGUACUUAGCACGUUUUUAAAUGAGGAUGUGUACGAGUACAAGAACAAGGAAGAUGAAUUAACAGAGAAACUCUUAUUCCCUAACAAUGUGGACUUCCACUUAUCUGAAACUGGAAAAUUGGCAACCAGCAUAACCAAACACCAUUAGCAGACCUUUCACAAUGAUUUCAUCUCAAUUUUUUUUUUUUAUUUAUUUAAACUUAUUUUAUUUUUGAAGCUAGCCCUAAGAUUAACAAAAAAACAACUCCUCGAUAGGGCUCACUUCGAAAUAACAUUAACUUAAAAAAAUACAUAAAUAGUAAUUAGUCAAAGUGGCAGCAAAACAAACUAAGAGGAUAGAUAUAAUAUCUUUAUCACGUCAUGCAAAUUCAAAUAACAAGACAUGACUCACGAACCAUUUAGGUCAACCAGAACUGCUCUAUGUGGCUAAAUGAAAUUUAGGCAAAGCUAAAAUAGAAACAAUGCUCACCAGCAAUUUUCUUAGUUGCCUGGCUUGGACAGGCCCCAGAUGAUCAGCAUGGGCAUCUCGUGAUUCACAAAUGCAGUUUGCUUGCUUGCAGUCACUCGUAAAGUCAUAUUUUAGCAUGCUUGCUAUUGCCUUGCUCAAUUUUUCUGCAUUUUUCACGAUGACCACUCGUCGAAAAAACAACAGCGUGUCUGCUGGCCUCUUUUCGGAUGUCUUCUCAAUCCUCUGGAAUCAAGCCCUCAGCUGCGAUUCCAAUCACAACCCUGCAGACUCAAGUCUCAUCAUCGUCCGCUCUGAAUGGUUCAACAGGUCUGGCCUUUCUGGCCACUGUGGUCAAUGCUGUGAAGCUGGCCCUGGCAGCUGAUGGCAAUUUCGCUUCCUCUUCUGGCACUUCGGCCACUGCUUCGCUCCAGGAAGCUGAGACUAUGGUUGUGAUUUCACAAACAUCACCUCUACAAUCUUUGGGGGCAUUCCCGCUCAGCCUUUGAAUUGAAGUGAUCUCAUUGUGAACUUUUUGGCUUCUGGAGUUGGGUUUCAAGCCACUCAACCACCUCCAUCAUCUUCAGCACCUCAAGGCAGGCAAUUAUUUUCUGUUCCUUCUUUUGUUUCGACUUUUGUUGCCCCACCCCUGGCAAUUUUCUGCACAUCGAUCACAGUGAGCUCACCCCUUUCCAUGCCAUCCAGUGACAGCACCCCAAUUUCCAGCCUACCUUCUGGUCCACUGCUGCCUCCAGAAACACAGAACUUGCAAACCUGUUUACGGCUACUAUGGCUCCGUUCGUGGGUCAGAUGACGAAACUUGACGAAAACGUCAGUUUGUUGUUGAUCGGUCAUGAUCAAGAGUUGGAGGAGGACGGUGAAACUGCCUCUGUCGAAGCUGUCAAAGACUGACCAUGAACGAGUGGAUAUGGAAGCCAGUCCACCUGCUCUCCUGGAUUCUAACACCACGGACAAAGCAGCGCCUAGGACAGGCGACGCUUUUUUGCAAGAGCUCACUUAAGAUCUCUCGGUCAAAGAGCAAACCUCCCCGCCAAUUCAUGAAAGUUUGGCAGGUAUUUUUAACAGGCUGUUGUGAGAAAAGAUGCAUGAUGACAAUAAAACAACAUCGUGCAAUUCAAGUAACAAGAUAAAAAUGAAAAAUAACGUUUUUUGUUACAAGUAAAAUAUUGUGUUUCAUCAUUAAAUGUAAGUUUUAAAAUGUCACAAUCUAUAGCAUAGAAAUAAAGAGAUUAUGUAUUGAUGCCAGAAGACUCCUUGCAAAAUAAACAUCAUAUCUAAGGCGGUUGCAGAUGUAGUGAGGACUAUAUUGCUAGUUAUUAUUAUUAUUAUAUAAGAUAUACUAAUAUUAUUGAAGGUUAUUUUCUCUCUCAAAAACCAUGGACUUUGGGAGGCAAAUAGGGUUUCUACAUGUAUGAUGGCCAUGACCUGCCUGAGGUGGGUUAAUUGUGCCAAGGAGAGUUAUUUUCUGUGGUUCAUCUAUCUUGAUGUUGCCAGGUAGAUACUCGGACAUAGUUUCGGCAGAGGCUGGUAUACGAGGCUUUUCCAUACUCCAAGAACAUCUUUUCUUUUAACUACGAGGCUUUCAAAACAGAAUUCUUCUUGCUCGGGUUUUAUUUUAUGCCAGGAAAGAACUUGAGAGCGCCCUCUUGGGCCCUUUUGAAUUCUUCUCUGCGUCUCUGUCCAUAAAAGUACCACAUAACAUAAAAUGAAAACAUUUAUGAAAAAUUUCAAUGGCUUCUCCUUGCCGAUCGCUUUGCUCGUAUUUACUUGCGGUCAGUGACGUGAGAGGGUAUUGUGUGUUAUCCAAUCACUGCCACAUCCAGAUUUUAAACGUGUCAAACGAUUUGCUGAAUGCUUUUGUGUCAGGCCUUCCUUUCUCUUUUUUCCCUCCCCCAUCCACCUUCUCGCUCCUAGGCCCUUAAGAAAGCCUGAUACUCAGGCUACGUUCAUUUUUUCAAAGCAGCUCCCGCUCACAUCUCAAAUUUGUUUCUUUGUUUGUUUCGAUCUCGCAAUUUAACACUUCUCCGCGUGUCAUUAUCUUUUCCUAAUUAUCAAAAAAUCAUAGCACAAAUACAACGGAUUUUCAACUAUUCAAUUUCUUUGUUCGGCCACCAAGCUUGUGUUGAAUUUGUGUGUCUUUGCAGCAGAUACAUUCAAGAAGUUCAAGAAAUCCAGCAAACUAAAAGCUCCAAGAACUUGUACUUUGACAUACGACUACAAACUGCAAAAGAUGAAACUCAGUCUGUGAGAUUCAUGGUCCAGACAGGAGAGUCAUCAAAGCAACAAUUUUUUUCUAGUUAAAUUUCAAACCCAGCAACAGUUAACACUAUCCAACCUCCAACAAGAACAAAGAAACAUGUUAUUCCUAAACAAGGGUACAGCUAUUCAAGAUACACCUCGACAUUCUAUUUAGUUUCCGGUCAAACCACUGGCACUAAUGACGCCAACAUCUGUAGAUACUAUCCUUAAGCACCCCAACUCUGUACAAUUCACUGCCUCCGUUUGAAUUAAAUGGCUUGGAGAACCAGUAAAAACAGAACAUUUAACUAAAAUGGUGAGAGAGGCUAAAAUAACCGACCCUACUGGAAAUAUCAAUUUAUCAGCCUGGGAUAGCCACAUCCAGCAGAUUGAAGAGAAAACAUUCUACACUGUCACCAACGGCAAGCUCAAGCAGUAUUUUGCAAAACACCUUGCCACCACAGUAAACAGUUACCAAAGCACAAGAGCAGGAUAUCUCCCAUGUUAAGCCAUCACAGAACCAACCAGUGUGUACUGUCUAGAAAGCAUUCAUUGGCGACUUAACCGAGAAAUUGCUGUUGCUCUAAAAAGUAGAUUUUGUCAUAAAUACGAAAAGUCAUACCCUCAUCUUCACAGCAAAGUGAAGCUCUUCUAUGUGAACUAGAACAGUGUCUUAAAAGACCUACCAUCUCAUUCCAUGCCACUCGCUUUCAGCCAGUGUCUUCUGGUUUAAUCACCAACAUUUGAACUACCUCGAAAAGCACAACACAGGAAAAUUCUUAAAUAUUAACAUUGCUUGGAAAAGAGACCAGUAUUAAAGAUAACGAGGCAACAGAGAAAAGGGUAUGUGAUGAUAGAAUAGCAGACACUCCAGGACACAUUAAAGAAUCACUACGGGGGGGAAAAUUGACCAAAUUGAAGAUCAACAGUUUUACACUUUUAACAAUUGUCUGCUGAAGCAUUUUUAUGAAAAAAAGCUUUCUACUACUGAGGACACCAUCAUCAAAAUUGUUGACAAACAGGAAACUGUCAAACAGUCACUUGAAAAAGAAACAAAACAUCAUAGAUAGAAAACUUUAUUAAUGUAUCGAAGCCAUAAUUAGCGAGGGAAAACCCCCAUACUAAUUUAGGGACACAGUUUAUAAUUGGAAUUAUGUAUACAAUAUAUAGGUAAAAAUAUUAAAACUACGCAUUAUGUAUUAUAACCUAACGAAAAUCUAAGAUGAGUGAUAUUCACUGUAAGACUGAGGAGAAUUGUAAAAUUAAAUGAGCAGAGAGAACAGCCCUUGCAUCCAUCAUCUAUCAUUGAGCUUAAAUCAUUUUUACAAAUUUUGCUUUCAAAAAUAUUAAAAGGUUUCGCUGAUGUAUAAUCAGGAGGUAAUUUUCCCGAUAACCUAGGCCCAACAUUAUCUGUUGCCCUGAUAAUUUAAACGUUGUUGUAAACAUAUAUCCAACUUACAACAACAAGUUUUCGCUGAUGUAUAAUCAGGAGGUAAUUUUCCCCAUAACCUAGGCCUAACAUUAUUUGUUGCCCUGAUAAUUUAAACAUUCUUGUAAACAUAUAUCCAAUUUACAACAACAAAGAUUGCAAGAAAUCCAGGGUCCCAAAUACUACAGUGCCAUGGUUGGAACAGGUCCAUGCCUUUGAAAAACUGUUAUCUUGAAGUAAAAGCACAAUUUUUGCUAGAGAAGGACAACGCACAGAGACGUGUGACAGCAUUUGCUAAAGUACUUAGCACGUUUUUAAAUGAGGAUGUGUACGAGUACAAGAACAAGGAAGAUGAAUUAACAGAGAAACUCUUAUUCCCUAACAAUGUGGACUUC